AUGACUGAUCACGAACCUGACCAGGAGAAUUUGCUAUUCCGUUCUCAAGGAUCUCCUGAAAAGGUUUUAUCUUUUAUUAUGGUUUUUAUUUUUCUUUUUUGGAGAGAAGAUAGAUAGUGAUGCAAAAUUGGAGGUAGAAAUAUGAAUGAUGCAAGUUGUCGGCUUAAAACAUAACAUUUUCCCAUAGUUAUAUCAUAUAUUGAAAAGAAGUUAAGUGAAGUGCAUCUGAUACAGGGGAAGGGAAAUAUAGCAAUUCAAUUAAGAUUAAUAUCGCUUAACAUAACUCGAAAACGGCCAGCGUGUAUCGGAAAGUCGGCUAUUUUUUCAUCUAGAAUUUAAUUAGCCGAUAAAAAUCGGUAAAAGCUCAAUAAGCGACAUGGAAAGUUUUGGAUUGCAAAUUUUUCAGUCUAGCCAAAUCCAAUGUCAAAUCUGCGAGCACACGGCACACGGCAUCCACUUCGGAAUCCUCGCCUGUCGAGCCUGUGCCGCUUUUUUCAGGUCAAUCAUUCAUUUUUAAUUUCUGUUUUUAUCGAACUGAUUAUUCUAAGGAUCUGCUGGAAGUAAUGGAAAAAUUUUAGGAGAACGGUAGUUCUGAAAAAGACCUAUGCGUGUCGUCGUGCUAAUGGAAUGUGUAAAAUAAACAGCGAAGAAAGGUUUUUCUUCAGUUUUUUCUGA